GAGGAGAGGCAGCUCGGGCGGAGGCAGACAGGCGCCCCGUAUCCUGACGUUUAGUGAAGAUAAAAAUAAAAAUAAAUAUAUUUGGGAUAAUGCAGUCUGCCAAGAGGAGUGAGAGUGACUGGCAGGGGCUCGUCAGCGAGGGUUAGCAUGACACCUUGACGGGCCGACAGCAUCCGGCUCCGGGUGUCUCUUUCGGGGGAUGCAGUAACGGUCCUGCCCACCUCUGAACGCGCGUGGUGCCGUACAGACCAGUUCCUGGUGUGUAAACGCAAGCUGGAGAGUAAGAAGGAAGCCCUGCUCAUUCUGUCCAAGGAGCUGGAUACGUGUCAGCAGGAGAGAGACCAGUACAAGCUGAUGGCCAACCAGCUGAGGGAGCGUCACCAGGGACUCAAGAAAAAGUACAGGGAACUUAUUGACGGUGACCCUUCUUUGCCGCCAGAGAAACGCAAUCAAGUGAACCUGGCUCAGCUGUUGAGAGACUCGAGAGAACGAGCGAAACAGCUUUCCGAGGAGGUGAAGGAGCUGACUCAGAGGCUUGCGGAGGCCCAGGGGGAUAACAAGCUGCUGAGGAUGACCAUUACUCGACAGAGGUUGGGGGAUGAGGAGGUGGGGGCACGCCAUUUCCCCGCCCACGAACGGGAGGAUCUAGUUAGACAGCUGGAGAGAGCGAGCCUACAGAUGGAGGAAAUGGAGCACAACAUGAAGGCUCUGACAGACGAGCUGCAGGAUGUGAAGUCGGAGCGGAAUGUGUUCAGGGACAAGGCCUACCGAGUGAACGUGGAGCUCAACCACAUCUUGGGAAACCGUGAGGCACGCAUCAUCGAUGUGGAUGCCCUCUGCAUGGAGAACAGGUAUUUGCAUGAGCGGUUCAGCCAAGUACAAGAGGAGGUGAACCUGCUGAAAUCGAACAUCAUGAAGUACAAGACGGCUCUCGAGAGGAGGAAGAACUCCAGCACAUACGGGAAAUCAAACAGCAGUCCACUCACUGGAGUCCUCUCAGCCAAACAAGUCCAGGAGUUGCUCCUGGAAGAGCAGGGCUGCAGCCUGCCAGCCACGCCUCAGUCCAUCUCCGACCUCAAGUCCCUUGCUACGGCUCUGCUGGAGACCAUCCAUGAGAAGAACCUGGUCAUCCAGCACCAGAGGCACACCAACAGGAUCCUCGGAAACAGGGUUGCGGAUUUGGAGAGGAAGCUGAAGACGCUGGAGGUUUCAGGACUGUGGAGUCUUCCAGGCUUGACCUACCGCGUAUCCGUGGGAAUUGGGAGGACACGAGAAAACAUCACACUGAAUGAAAACCUCCAACCGGAGCUUCAUCCAACACGUGCCACGUCUCACCCAAAGAUGCAGCCCACAGUGCAGCUGCCCAAAGUUGUGUCACACGACAGAAGUUCACAUGAAUCAUUGUGGGAAUGCCACACCGCUGGCAGCGACCUUGGCACAGAUGGCGUCAGCAGGGAAGACGCACCUGCACUGCUCAACAGCCUGGAGCCUCUGGUGGGGUUGGAGACGAAUGGGAUUGACAGGAAAGGGGGGGAAAUCGUGACCCUGACGGAAGAUGGAGCCACCUUGGAGCUGGAGGAGGGGCGGAGUCCCGUGGAAGAGGAGGGGCAUGAGGUCGAGGGGGUUGAAGAUGAAGACCUGGGUUCAACGGUGGAGGAGGGCGAGGAGGCAGCUCUGGCGCUGGGUGUCCCAUCCACUGACUCGGACCUUCCAUGGUUUCAAAUAAAACAAGCCUCUGUGGAUCAUUCAGAGGUGGAUCAUCAGUCCUGUGAAUCCGGGGACGAUGGGUCUAAUAGUGUUCCUGAAGAAGUCUCAAUAUCAGUGCCAGAGGACAAGGCCACAGAGGUGACGAGUACAGAGGACUGGGACAUUCACUGUCAGUCUGUGCCAUCAUAGUGAAAACCUGGCAUGACCUGACAUCACUGAAAGUUUAUCCAAAUCCUUGUUCUCUCUUGCCUUUAUUGAUAAUUGCAUCAAAAAUCCCUAGUUGCCACAUAUUCCCACGACAUAGCCAGCGUUCACCAGCUCGCUUUACACCUCUGUUCAGUCAAUAUAACAGAACACUUUUCCAGCCACCGUUGACAGAGCUGGAGGUGCACUUUAUAUCUAGACAGGCUUGUUGCUGUGCAGGAACAGACACUCUUGAAAUCAAUGGAGCUGCAAACUUCAUGCCCUACAGGAAAGAUUUAGCUAGGAAAAUAACAAAUAUGGCAGCCUCAACUCCGGUGCCCCACUUUCACUUCCUCCUUUCCCCUGCGAUGAGGUAAUCCCAAUUGUUUGCUUUCUUCUUCUUCCUAAGGGACGCCAUUAAAUUGAGUCUGGCAUUUUGUUGUUACUCUCACAGGAGGUCCUGAUUGGCUUACCAGGACUCGUAAUGAAUGUUUUGUACGUAUGUGUAAAUUAAUAAUGUUAAUAUGAGAGAUUCUAUUGAUGUUUAUUCAUCAGUAUGAGUGAAUGUUACCAGUCAGUUGGCUUUAAUUUUUCCUCAUUCAGACGUUGAUAUUCAGAUGAGAUGACAUGUGCCUUAUACGUAUUGUGCCGUAUAUUCAUAUUUAUGAAUAUAAAUGCAUAAACCAGUGCAAUAUAACA